CCACAUUAUAUUCAGUUUGAUAUAGUCCGAUACAAGUUUCGGUUUAGUCCAAUCCAAGUAUCAUUUCGAUCCGCUGCGAUCGAAUACGAACCAAACCGUUGCUAAUCACUAGCACUGACUAAGCAAUCUGUGGAAAGCAAAAAAUCCGGUUCCAGACAAACUUGCCCAAGCAGUUGCUGAAAAGCAUUUGCUUUUCUGCAUAGUAACAUAACAAACAAGCGACUGACGCAUGCCACAGCCUUGUUAUAGAUCUUGCUAACAAGUUUUCAACGAGACCAACUACCAGCAGAGCAAGAAAAACCUACAAGUUCAAUAAUCCACAUGGGGCUCCUCAGGAACAAAAUAAGAGAAAAAAACUAGUCGCCCUUCCACAAUUCUAAAGAAACUAGUAAGUGCUACACCAUCUGUGAAACUGCCACGCAAAAUGAUCUUUCAAGUCUCCGCCCCAAAAACUGGCCUCUGCUUUGAUUCUGGAUCCAACAAUGCCCCCCAUGUUUCAUUUGACAAAGUGUGGGCUAAUUAAGCCAGCGAUCUCCAGAAAUCCAACCUGAUCUUUCCCUGCAAAUAUCUUCUUCAGCUUCUCGUCACAUUUUAUGAUCUUCUUGUUUUCAGGAUCCUGCAAGAACACACAUACAAAGUUAGUAAGCUAAUUUUCAAUUUUGUUAACUUGUUCAAAGCUCUUAUUGUGGUGCAAGGCCAGCCCGGUUUGUCAUUCUGACAGACACUCGGAAUUAACCAGCAAGGUAAGAACUUUUGACAGACCUGCAUCUUCCAUCAUCUCAAACAAUACCCAAAGUUGAUAAACUAAAUCAAUAAACUAACUUAGGACAUUGAGAGAAAUGGGGACUCAACUUGGGAUUCUGUCACAGUGUCACUAGUCAAAUGGCAAAAGUUACAUCCCACAACCUCAUAAUCUCUAGAUGUUCAAUUUGUCAAAGGAUCCAAUUGAAUAAGAGCACUUAAGGAACUAAUAAUCCACAAUACAGCAUGAAAAUGGAAGAGAAGGCAGCAUAGAGAAGUACAGCAUUAUAUCAAAACAACAGGGGAGCAGCGUUUCUACUUCUAGCAAGUAGCUACAUUGAGACAAUCUAUUGCAUUCACAUGAAACAUGAAUAAUGGCAGCAGAAUGAAGGAAUGGAGGAAGAGAACCCUCAAAGUAAUACAAAUGAGAUUCAGAAAACCAAUACAGGAUGAAGCCACUAGCAAAAGCUAAAGCAGAGCCCUUAAUAUCAACCAUUCCACAGAAACCAAUUUAAGCCAACAAGACCACCAGAGUUCGUCCCAUAAAACCUUCCCCGUUGCACAAAAUCCAUAGUUACACUGGCAUAGCGGAAAUUUGAACCCGGGGCCAAUCUAUAGGCUACAGGUCUCGGUCGUUGAGCAAACUAGGGAUGUUGUCUAUCAAAUUUCCAUUGCAACUCAAGCUAACCCUAUCAAGAAUCGAAGUACGGAACUAUCACUUAAAACUCCAACUAGUAAAUCAUGUUACCCGAGUAAUUUCAUCAAACACAUAAUCCUGCAGCUGUACGGAAACCCUAUCACAAUUUUUUUUUUUUUUUGUUUUGUUCCUACAAAUAAUGCAGCAAGAAGCAGCGUACGCGAGAGAAAUAGCAAUAGCACGGGUAUAAAGGAUGAGAAGAGAAGACCUGGAGAUUGUGCUCCUUAAUGUGAGCCCAGAUGAGCUUGAGAGCCUGGGUCCGGGAGAUUUCAGGGGAGCCAACAAGCUCCGCCAUCUCGGGAGAAACGGGACGGGGUUUCAUGAUGCCACGAGGCUGGCGAGUGCCGGCCGCCGGCUUGGGAGACGCCGUGGCGCAGGUGACGGUGUGGACGAACCGAUGGUUAGGGAGCGUGGGAGCGGCGGCGAGAAGGCGGAUAGAAGAAGGGGAAGAGGCGGCGGAUGAGGCGAGAAAGGGAACCGCGUGGGCGGAGAAGAAGGUGGAGGAGAUGCCUGAGGAAGAAAUCGCCAUCGGAGCUGCAAUGGAGGAAGGGAGUGGGAGAGGGAUUCGGCUCGGAAAGGUUAUCCUGAUAUUUUGGGGCUGUGUGAAAAAAAUAAGGGGCUCUCCUCUCCUCCGCCGCGAAAGGGGAUAUAUAACGGAGAUUAUUAGAGUCCUAACCUCAGCACAGUAACCACUCUCGUCAUCGUUUGUUACUUUUAAAAAUUAAAUCAUGCAGUGGAAGCAACAAGAGAUUUAUUUGUUAUUUUUUAAAAAAAAUGAUAUUUUAGAAAUAAAUUAGAUUUUGAAUUAUCUAAUUCAUACUGUGUGCGGAUUUGUGGGCGGCGCGAACUAGAUGAGGCUGAGAGUUGUCUGUGAAUUAGUCUGUAGAAUAACCUUCCUAACUCCCGGUUCUCAGAAAAUCUUGAGACCAUGCACAAAUCCAGUCAAUUAUGCAUGAGCGAUGGAACCUCCCCCAAGGUUCCAUCACUGAGAACGCUUUAAGGAAAAGACUAUCAUCUUCUCGGACAAUUCCUCCUGCUGUCGUGCUCGGUGAGGCAUGGUUGACUUACCCAUCAGUGUUCAAGCGAGUCCAUCCAAGCGAUGGUGACGCCAAUGAAUCAUGCUGCUCUGCGACGCUCUCUCCCUGCCAAAGAUGCUUCUACUCUUCUCAAAAGCCUCAAUAGUUUGUUUCUUUAGUUGUCUAGACUCGAACUGAAACUGUGUACUAGUUUCAAGUUUACCUUCGAACUGAUGAUUGUUCUAAUCUGAUUCUUCCACAGGAGCCAGCAAGUACUUGCAAAGAGUGGGAUAUCUAUGAUGGAGUUGCGCCUCGCCAUAUAGUGAAAAAUCCAUGUGGUCAGAUCCUCUUGAAAGAAGUCAGCGUCCAGUUCACCUUCGAGGAAGUCUGACCAAACCGCUCGAGCAUAACUACAGACUCUUAGCACAUAGAGUAUCGUCUCCGGCCCUCCUCCACAUGUCGGACAUACUUUCCUUUGCGUUAGAUGGCGUCGCUUUCGCUCAGCGUCGGUAAGGAUAUGCUGGUUAUUAGCUAGCCACAAGAAGGGUUGCAUUCUUCGUGUAACUGGGGCUCGCCAAAUAGUCUUUCGAACCAGGCGAUAAUGGGCUUGCUUGUCAAUCUCAACAAUAAGCUCAUACGCAAUUUUCAUCGUGAAUUCCCCAGAAGGGGAAAAACUAUUAUGAUGUGUCAUAACCAAGAAUUGAAAUACCGUACCAGAAAGAUACUCGUAAGUUAUUUUAUACUAAAACCGUGGUUCAAUAAUUUCAUACUGAUAAAGUUUAUGUUUGGCCAACUUUCAUAAGUGCUUUUUGGUUUCAAAAGUUAAAGCAUGGCCAAAUACCUCUAAAAGCUUGACUUUUGAAAAGAUGAAAAGCGUUUUUAAAUAACUUAAAAGCAUAAGCGAAAAUCUGUUUUUAAUUAUCCUUAUCAUAUUUUAAUUAUAUUUCAGAAAAUAUAAAUGUCUUACAUUUAU